AAAAAAUGGUCCUAACCUAACCACUAUUGGAUGCUCAUGCUCCCAAUUUCAUAUAGCAUUGAAUAUUGAUGCUCAUCAACCCUCCCCCCUCCAACCCAAUUGAAAGCACCGUUCCACCACCUCUCACCACAAUCAUCCUUUGCAUCUAAGCCUCCAAGACCCUCUCUCUCACACAUCAUAAUAAUACCUCAAAGGACAAUCAUUAUUUCACAAAGGUCUUCCAAAGAAGAAGACUUUCUUCACAAAGCCAAAAAGUUUGGAGAGAGAAAGGAAGGAAAAAAAAAAAAGAAAAAAGUGUUCAUUUUUUUUUUAUCAUUAAGCAAAGGUAGUAGGCAAGGCAAGCACACUACUUAUUGUUGUUCAUUGUGAAAUCAUCAUCAUCAUGGGUUGCUCAGCCUCAAGAACCAUCACCAUAGUGGCCAACAACAAUAACCAAGAGGAUCCAUCUCCUUCUGCUUCUCUUGCUUCUUCUUCUUCUUCCUUCUCUUCCUCUUCUGCUUCACACAAAUCCAUCAACUCUGCUUCUUCACCAGCAGCGGCACCAGUUAGAAGAAGAACUCUUUCUCUCCCAAUGCCUCUCGUUCAUCAUCCUCCCAUCAAAAAGGGUGACUCACACCACCUUGUCUCUCUCACCUCCACCACCUAUGGCUCCCUUCUCCCCAUUGACCAAAAAGACUCAAACUUUACCCAAAAAAACCAACCCCACAUAACCAAAACCUCAAACCAAACUGACCCAGAACACUCACUCUCCCCGGACUCAGUCAUCAACACUUGGGAACUCAUGGAUGGCUUAGAUGAAGAACAAGAACAAGAACAAGAAAUUGCAAAUGCCAAGAAGCUUCCUUACGCUUCCAUUUUGGACAAACCAAGUUCAUGCAGGUACACAGCAUUUGAUGGUUCUGCAAGGAAGAAACUUCUAGAUUCCUUUGAAUCAAUGAAAACUUCACAAACAGCAAUGGAAAAGGACUUAAACUCUUCUUCUUCUACAUCUCCUGCACCAACAACGAAGAAGCCACUUUGGCAGCACUUAUCUGAGGAAGCUUUGCUUGCUAAGUUGGAUCCAAGUGUGGCUUGGAGUUACAGAAGAGCAUUAUCAUCAAGGAAUCUAGAUAGAAACAUUCUAUCUAGAGAUGUUAGGUCAAUGGGGUCUAGCCCUUUGAUCUUUCAUUCUUCUUCUUCUUGUUCUUCUUCUUCUUUUUCAUUUGGUAAGAAUAAUAAUAUUAAUAAUAGUUUGUGCCGUUUGUCUGGCACUGAGGACAGAAUAGUGCUUUAUUGCACUAGUUUGAGAGGGAUCCGAAAGACCUAUGAGGAUUGUUGUUCGGUUAGGAUGAUUCUGAGGGGCUUCAGAGUUGCGGUUGAUGAGAGGGACAUCUCAAUGGAUUCGUCCUAUAGGAAGGAGUUGAAGGAUUUGCUUGGUGGAAAAGCAGCAGUGACAUUGCCUCAGGUCUUUAUCAGAGGGAGGUAUGUGGGGAAUGCUGAGGAAAUGAAGCAUCUGAAUGAGUCUGGGGAAUUGGCAAGGCUUUUGGAGGGUUUUCCCACUCAGGAUCCAGGGUUUGUGUGUGACAACUGUGGUGAUGCCAGGUUUGUGCCAUGCCCCAAUUGCAGUGGUAGCAGGAAGGUGUUUGAGCAUGAAGAUGGAGGGUUGAGAAGGUGCCCUGAAUGCAAUGAGAAUGGCUUGAUAAGAUGUCCAGGUUGCGGCUCAUGAUUCAUGGAAAUUAGUCAUCUAAAUCAGGUAUACCCCGAUUCACGAGGACUAAUUUCUCUAAGUAUUAAGAUUCAUUCAAGAGAUUGUAUGAUAUCUCUUAAAGCCUAUGGAUCGGAUUCCUGACCACAAACUUAAGAGAUGAUUGGUUAUCUGUCAACAGUGUUACGCAACAUUGAUCAUGUUGGUCUUGUGUUUGUUUAUUGGGGUAGAAUUUGUCAUUAUAAAUUUUUGACAACUACCAAGAAUGCACAUUUCAGUUUCGUCCUUUGUUUUUAGUUAGUACUACUUUCAGUUGUUAUUUGUUUGUGUCAGACUUUUGCUUUAUUAGCGUUCAAUUACCCUUGUGAACGGCAGAAAAUAAAAACUGACAAGGUUAUGCGUACA